AAUGGCCUCCACCUUCAACCCCCGAGAGUGUAAAUUGUCCAAACAAGAGGGGCAGAACUAUGGGUUCUUCCUCCGCAUUGAGAAGGACACUGAUGGUCACCUGGUCCGUGUGAUUGAGGAGGGGAGCCCCGCAGAGAAGGCAGGGCUCCUGGACGGCGACAGAGUGCUCAGGAUCAAUGGUGUCUUUGUUGACAAGGAAGAGCAUGCACAGGUGGUGGAACUGGUCAGAAAGAGUGGGAAUUCAGUGACUCUGCUGGUUCUGGAUGGAGACUCCUAUGAGAAGGCUGUGAAAAAUCAGGUGGACUUGAAAGAACUGGAUCAAAGCCAGAGGGAGCCAUCUCUGAAUGAUAAAAAACUAGGCCCUGGGAUGAAUGGAGCAGUGGGGAUGUGUGCCCAGCCAAGGCUCUGCUACCUGGUGAAGGAAGGCAACAGCUUUGGCUUCUCUCUGAAAACUAUCCAAGGUAAAAAGGGCGUGUACCUGACUGAUAUAACACCUCAGGGUGUGGCCAUGAAAGCUGGUGUCCUGGCUGAUGAUCACUUGAUUGAAGUGAAUGGAGAGAAUGUCGAGAACGCCAGCCAUGAGGAAGUGGUAGAAAAGGUGACAAAGUCAGGAAGUCGUAUCAUGUUCCUCCUUGUGGACAAAGAAACUGCCAGGCGCCAUAGUGAACAGAAGACACAAUUCAAGAGGGAGACAGCCAGUUUGAAACUGCUGCCCCACCAGCCCCGGGAGGUGGUGAUCAAGAAGGGCAGCAAUGGCUACGGCUUCUAUCUGAGGGCGGGCUCUGAACGGAAAGGUCAAAUCAUCAAGGACGUAGAACCUGGAAGCCCAGCAGAGGCGGCUGGCUUGAAGAACAAUGACUUGGUAGUUGCUGUCAAUGGCGAGUCUGUGGAAGCUCUUGAUCAUGAUGGUGUGGUGGAGAUGAUUAGAAAAGGAGGAGACCAGACUACUCUGCUGGUGCUGGACAAAGAGGCAAGCAGCAUCUAUAGCCUGGCUCGUUUUUCUCCACUUCUUUACUGCCAAAGUCAAGAACUGCCUAAUGGUUCUGUCAAGGAAGCCCCAGCUCCCAUCCCUGCUCCUCUGGAGGCCACAGGCUCAGAUACCACAGUGGAUGCGGAUGCAGAUGUGGAUGCGGGGGAUCACAAACCCAAGCUCUGCAGGCUGAUUAAAGAGGAGGACAGCUACGGCUUUCACCUGAAUGCCAUUAGGGGUCAGCCAGGCUCCUUUGUCAAAGAGGUUCAGCAGGGUGGCCCCGCUGACAAGGCCGGGCUGGAGAAUGAGGACAUUAUCAUUGAAGUGAAUGGGGAGAAUGUACAAGAUGAACCCUACGACAGAGUGGUGGAGAGAAUCAAGGGCAGCAGGGAGCAUGUGACUCUGUUGGUCUGUGGAAAGAUGGCCUACAACUACUUCCAAGCUAAGAAAAUUCCCAUUGUUUCUUCCAUGGCCGACCCCCUGGUGUCUGGGCCUGAUGAAAAAGGAGAGAUGUCAGCAGAGUCUGAGCCUGGCUCCCACCCAACAAAAGAACGAACUCUCAGCACAGCCUCGCACUCUUCUUCCAACUCUGAAGACACCGAGAUGUGAAGAGAACAAACAAUGCUUCCUCUUGAGGGCCCAGGACCUGCCUCUCCGAGGAAGGAGCCCUGCUGACCCUGUCAGGCCUCCUCGGAACCACCUGUCCCCGACUGUCUGCCGUCAUAGGGCUGCUACUGCAGGUUGCUUAUUUAAGUUCAGCUUAGCUGGAGGGAGGGACCAGGUUCAUGUUCUUUCUAUGUGCUAUCUUCCAAAGUGCAACUUUCCACUUCUGUUAAUGAAACCUCUUACUUCUGUAGGCUUGAGCACCAGGAAUGAUUCACUUGUGUCUGUGUGAGCGCUGCUAAUUAAAGAAUCGAGCAGACAUCUGUUACAGAAGUGUGCUCUUCAGUGGCAAUGCUGUGGCUAAACAGCAUUGUUAGGCGCUUUUGAGUUGCUCGCAACUUCCCUGUUGGCUAAUAGAAUCUGAACAGUGUCUUUGCUCAAUAAAAACAUUUCCUGCUUUCUCAUUUGCUUCCAGAAACCCAAAACAUGGCAAAAUACACACUAUGGACUUAGUAAUAAAAGGCAGCUUCCAGGCAAUAGACAGCGGCAUUUCCUUAUGUUGCAUUUGAGUAUUAAAAAAACCUCAACACCUUC